GUACCUUCCUUCGAUACAAUCUGCUUAAUUAAACCCUCAAAUCUCCUUCUAUUUUUUCCCACAGCCCAUACACAAGAGAAACACCAAAAAAUAAACAAACAACAUACACACACAAAAUUUUCAUUUGUACUUUGUUCAGAUUGGUGUUGCUGGUUUUGAUCAGAAUUUUGUUCUGGUGCUCUCGUCUAGCUAUCUUGUCGCCGGAAUCUUGUUUCCCCGGCGAACUUUUUAACUUUUUUUUAAGGAUAGGAGCACAAUAACUUAUACUCUAACGUGGAGAAAAUAAAUGAGAUUCCUUUUAUGAAGUUUUUAACUUUUUUUUAGUUUCCUGAGGUUUUUAGCUUUGUGAGGACCAAAAAAGGAGAAAAAAUAAAAUAAAGGGGUAGUAGGGAAGAUGAUACGAAGGUUGAAUUUACUCUUUUUAUGGGGUUUUUGGAUUUUGAUUAUAGCUUUAACGACGGUGGUCGGCGGAGUUCCGGCGACGGCGGAGGGUAAAGGGGUGCACAGAAAUGCAUAUGCUACCAUGAUGUAUAUGGGAACACCAAGAGAUUAUGAGUUUUACAUUGCGACACGUGUCAUGCUACGAUCACUUUCUCGGCUUGGCGUUGACGCUGAUCUCGUCGUCAUUGCUUCACUCGAUGUUCCUCUUCAUUGGGUCCAAACUCUAGAGCAGGAAGAUGGUGCAAAGGUGGUGAGAGUUGAAAAUCUGAACAAUCCAUACAAAGGACAGUCCAAUUUUAACUGGAGAUUCAAGCUAACAUUGAACAAACUUUACGCGUGGAGCCUAACAAAUUAUGAACGGGUUGUAAUGCUUGAUUCUGACAACCUCUUCCUUCAGAAAACAGAUGAACUGUUCCAAUGUGGUCAUUUUUGUGCAGUCUUCAUCAAUCCUUGUAUCUUCCACACUGGUCUAUUUGUAUUGCAGCCAUCAACAAUGGUAUUCAAGGACAUGCUUUAUCAGUUGAAGGUUGGAAUGGACAAUCCAGAUGGCGCGGAUCAAGGUUUUAUAAGCGGCUAUUUCCCUGAUUUACUUGAUCAGCCAAUGUUCCAUCCUUCCCUUAAUGGUACCAGGCUCCAGGGAAAUUAUCGACUGCCUCUUGGUUAUCAAAUGGAUGCCUCUUAUUAUUAUCUCAGACUACGUUGGUCCGUACCAUGUGGACCUAAUAGUGUCAUUACUUUCCCUGGUGCACCAUGGUUAAAACCUUGGUAUUGGUGGUCAUGGCCUGUUCUUCCUUUGGGCAUUCAGUGGCAUGAACAGCGACGUCAAACUCUUGGGUAUGAUGCAGAGAUGCCACUUGUGCUGAUUCAAACUGUACUUUACCUUGGAAUAAUUAUAAUGACACGCCUAGCACGUCCUAACUUAUCUAAAUUGUGCUAUCGACGUGAAGACACCAAGAGCAUCUUCUUAAUACGAACAGGACUGAAAUUGAUCGCUAUAUGGUCCAUUCUUGCAGCCUACAUAAUUCCUUUCUUCUUGAUACCUCGGACAGUUCAUCCAAUAAUCGGAUGGGGUCUCUACUUACUAGGUUCAUUUGCACUAUCAUGUAUAGCACUGAAUGCAUUCUUGUUGCCAAUGCUACCUGUUCUUAUGCCAUGGCUAGGAAUUCUUGGGGCACUUUUGGUCAUGGCUUAUCCUUGGUAUUCUGAUGGUGUUGUUAGAGCAUUAGCUGUAUUUGCAUACGCCUUUUGCGCGUCUCCUGUGGCAUGGACAGCAUUAGUAAAAAUAAUGUCAUGUCUACAUGUUUCACUUGAGAGGGAAGGAUUCUUGCCUAGGUUGAGUGAUUCUGCUGCACCUGCUGGUUUUAACAAGCUGUAUUGAUGAAUUGGAAUCUGAAAAUUGAAGAUAUCCAAAAGGGGAAAUUUUCAAAGAAAUAUUUGUGGAAGUGUGCUUGUGCUGUUCUUAGAGUCUUUGCUGUUACACAAGCUAAAGAAAUUCUUUGAUCUGUUCCAAAUUCUGAUAUGAACUACACAAUGUAAAAAUGGGAUGAACUGGUGUAUUAUACUAAUGGAAAUUGGAUUUUUUAUCAACUCUAUUAGCUCUCUAUGUUGUAAUUCCAGAAACAGAUGCAUUUGUAAAGAAAAUUAGACAAUGUGGGUGAGUUUAUUUUUUACAGUAAUUUUUUCUU